AUGAUGACCAAUUUCAGCCAAUUUGUGAUCUCGUCUUUCAAUGCUACAAUGGGAUACAAUUCAACUGAAAAUCCUGGGAAAUCUAAUAGGUCCCGAAAUUAUGUCAAGGUCUAUUAUAGCAUAAUUGUACUCAUCGUCAGUCUUAUUAGCUUUUCUGGACUUGUAGGGAAUGGAAGGGUCAUUUGGCUUCUUGGGUUCCACAUUAAGAAGAAUCCCUUCACCACCUACAUUUUGAGUCUCUCCAUUGCUGACUUUGGUGUGCUCACAGUCCAAGUUCCGCUUUAUAUUUUGAUUGUUAUAUAUUUCUUUGAGGGUAUUACUCGUGAUUUCCUUUUUCAUUGGGGGUUCCUGUUACUAUCCAUCCUUCUACCCACAUUCACUGCUAGUCAGCUCCUGCUGACAGUCAUUAGCAUUGACCGCUGUGUAUGCAUCUUCUUCCCACUCUGGCAUCGAUGCCAUCGUCCAACGCAUUUGUCCACUGCUGUAUGUGUCGUGAUAUGGAUCAUCACUUUUUUAAUCUUUGCUACAGAUAUCACCCUGAAAGUCUCUAUUAACUAUUCUAAAUUACUGUCCAUUCUGUUCGCCUUCAAUGCUGUGCUUUUCAUGCCCAUCAUGUGUGUCGCCACUACAGUCAUAUUAAUUAAAAUCUGCUUAAGCUCACAACUAAAGAAGAAGGGCAAGCUGAUAAGAGCUACCUUAUUUACACUUGUAUUCUUCAUCCUCUUUGCUUUCCCUAUUAAUGCCUUUUAUAUUUUUAAUUUUUUUAAAUUACAAUAUCGUGAAUUUUCUAUAUAUGUAUAUAUAUGUUUUACUCUAAACAGCACCAUUAACCCCAUAAUCUAUUAUUUUGUAGGAAGAGGGAAAAGAGGGAAAUUCUGCAAGGGCAUAAAUAAAGUGCUUGAGAAACUCUUCAAGGAGGAGGAAGACUAUAGGGAACAAUAG